GUCCCGCCGCCGCCCUGGCCGCGGGGGACGGGGCCUGGCUUUGCGCUGAACGAAAGCGAUUGGCCUUCAGCUCUGUCAAUCUGAAGCUGGCCCCAAGGUGGGGAGGGGAAGGGUGGGAUGCAGAGGAAAGGAGCGUGGAGGACGUGUGGAUACUCAAAGAACUGCUAACGAUUUUGCAAUAGGCUACAGCAAGGGGGGCUGGGUAAAUGGAGGAGGAGCCAGGAGGCGUUGAGGAUGGACCCAGGAGCUCCGGACGCCCGUCUUCCCCAUUCUCCUCUAUGGGGGCGUGGCCUAAAGCGUGUCGCCACGCCCCCACAGGGAGGUUUACAUAUUCAUGACGAUCCAUCGAGCGCUUCGGAGGACCUGCUAGCCUAGAGGGGCCAGAACACCUCGCUCCUAGCGCGUUUCCGUUUCCGCUAGGACAUUAGCGGUUGGCGAGCAUCAUGGCAACCGUGGCGGCCACGACCAAAGUCCCAGAGAUCCGAGAUGUGACAAGGAUUGAGCGGAUCGGUGCUCACUCCCACAUCCGAGGACUGGGACUGGACGAUGCCUUGGAGCCUCGGCAGGCGUCCCAGGGCAUGGUGGGUCAGCUGGCAGCGCGACGGGCAGCUGGUGUGGUGCUGGAGAUGAUCCGAGAAGGGAAGAUUGCCGGGCGGGCAGUCCUCAUUGCUGGCCAACCGGGCACAGGGAAGACGGCCAUUGCCAUGGGUAUGGCCCAGGCCCUGGGCCCUGACACCCCGUUCACAGCCAUUGCUGGCAGUGAGAUCUUCUCCCUGGAGAUGAGCAAGACUGAGGCGCUGACGCAGGCCUUCCGGCGGUCCAUCGGUGUUCGCAUCAAGGAGGAAACCGAGAUCAUCGAAGGGGAGGUGGUGGAGAUCCAGAUUGAUCGACCGGCAACAGGCACGGGCUCCAAGGUGGGCAAGCUGACCCUUAAGACCACCGAGAUGGAGACCAUCUACGACCUGGGCACCAAGAUGAUUGAGUCCCUGACCAAGGACAAGGUCCAGGCUGGGGAUGUGAUUACUAUCGACAAGGCGACUGGCAAGAUCUCUAAGCUGGGCCGUUCCUUCACACGCGCCCGUGACUACGAUGCCAUGGGCUCCCAGACCAAGUUUGUGCAGUGCCCAGAUGGGGAGCUCCAGAAACGCAAGGAGGUUGUGCACACAGUGUCCCUGCACGAGAUCGACGUCAUCAACUCCCGCACCCAGGGCUUCCUGGCUCUCUUCUCAGGUGACACAGGGGAGAUCAAGUCAGAAGUUCGUGAACAGAUCAAUGCCAAGGUGGCCGAGUGGCGUGAGGAGGGCAAGGCAGAGAUCAUCCCUGGGGUACUGUUCAUUGACGAGGUCCACAUGCUGGACAUUGAGAGCUUCUCCUUCCUCAACCGGGCCCUGGAGAGUGACAUGGCACCUGUCCUCAUCAUGGCCACCAAUCGUGGGAUCACGCGGAUCCGGGGCACCAGCUAUCAGAGCCCUCACGGCAUCCCCAUCGACCUGCUGGACCGGCUGCUCAUCGUCUCCACCACUCCCUACAGUGAGAAGGACACGAAGCAGAUCCUCCGCAUCCGGUGCGAGGAGGAAGAUGUGGAGAUGAGCGAGGAUGCCUACACCGUGCUGACGCGCAUCGGGCUGGAGACGUCGCUGCGCUACGCCAUCCAGCUCAUCACGGCCGCCAGCCUGGUGUGCCGGAAGCGCAAGGGCACAGAGGUGCAGGUCGAUGACAUCAAGCGCGUCUAUUCUCUCUUUCUGGACGAGUCUCGCUCCACGCAGUACAUGAAGGAGUACCAGGACGCCUUCCUCUUCAAUGAGCUCAAAGGCGAAACCAUGGACACCUCCUGAGCUGGAUGUCACCCCAUCCCCACCCUGUUUUCUACCAGAGUUCUGACACUGUGACUUUGUAUAAAAUGAUUUGAAGGUGAA